GCAAGCUUUAUUCUACCGGCAACUAGUGAGUGAGACGUUUGCUUCGAUCGCAGCGAGCGGCGGUGUUGUUUUGUUUACAAUCAAAGAAAGGUGGGGCCAGCUGUCGCAACGCUAGUUUCAGUUACUAGUAGUUGACUUUUAUGUUCUCAGAGUUUAGUUUCGCUUGAACAGGCGUGUGCAUUGCAGUGUAGUUCGAGUUGUGCAUACAAUUAGUGAAUUGUGUAGUGAUAGUAUAGUGGGAAGUGAUGUCGAUAAAGCGCAAUGAAAAGGACUAUCCCUACAUCGAUUUGGGCGAUGGGUACACCAUUUACGUGCAAGCCGAUGAGUACACCGAUCCGGUGCUGAAAGCCAAAGCAGAACGGGAACUCAACGAAACACCGGAAAAUGUAACGAACGCGAUGUCCGAACUGCGGGAGCUACUCCGGGCGGAGACAACCCUCUUCGUACCGGUCGAAAGUGAUGCAUUUCUCGUUAAGUUCCUCCGGGCCUGCCUCUACGAUGCUCGGAAGGCCUUCCAGAUGAUUCAAUAUACCUACCGACUGAAGGCCAAAAGCAAGGAGUACUACGAGAACACACCAAAUCCGUCCUCGAUUCGACACGUGUUCGACGAGGGCAUGAUUUGGUUUAUGCCGGAACGAGAUACCGACGGUGCCGCACUGUGCGUGGUGGAAGUUGGAAAAAAAUGGAACACCUCCAAGGUUUCGAUAAUCGAGCUGAUCGCCGCCAUCCGGCUUUGUGUGGAGGCUGCCCUGCUGGAUCCGGAGACGCAGCUGCACGGCAUGAAGGUAAUCUUCGACACCGACGGACUGUCGAUGUCCCAAAUCGCCCAGAACAGUCCCAAGCACGCACGGAUGAUUCUCGACUGGGUACAGAAGGCAAGCCCGUUUCGCAUGCAAGGCAUUCACGUGGUCAACAACUCGAUGAUCUUCAACAUUCUGUUUGCUAUCUUCAAACCAUUCAUCUCGAAAGAGCUGAGAGAAAAGAUCUCGUUCCACAACAAGGACUGGAACUCACUAACAAAGCUAAUCAGCCCCGCCUGUUUGAGGCCGAAGUAUGGCGGAACACUUGCAGCUCCCGAGUACGAAGGACGUCUACUAGGGGAUUACCUGCAGCUCUACGACAAAUAUUUUGACACACUCGAUGCGUACGGCUACGACGAAUCUGCCGAGCGGAGGUCAAAGUAAGCAAUGGAAAAAAAAACGUCAACGAGCAGCGACCUUUCUGCGUUGAUGUUCUGCGCAACUACGCCUACUUAGCCACAAGCCAGUAAACCUUCAAUUGCACCUAUUCUGCGACAAGGACAAGAACGACGUGUCAACGCACGCAGCAAUCUUCAAAGUAAUCUUAUCCAAUUUCUACCGUCGGGAAACCGACGUCCAAUGUGAUGACAAUGGUUGAAAAUAAAAGUCAAAACUAGUUUUUACUGUGUACACAAA